AUGAGUAAAAUGAACUCAUUCGAUUCUGUUUUUAAUACAAUAAAAAAUCGUAAUAAUAGUAAACUAAUACGUACAUUAUCGACAAAAAAUGAUGAUUGCAUUGAUAUCAGUUUAGUUGUUAAUGAACUUUCAGAGUAUUCAUGGUAUCAUGGUUUAUAUCCAAGAGAUGAAAUAUCUGAAUUAUUAGAAAAAGAUGGUGACUUUGCUGUACGAAGUUCUGAAGUAGAUGGUCAACGACACGUUAUAUGUACAGUUUUAUAUGGAACAGUAAAACAUAUAAAAAUAAGGUAUAGUGAAAAACAAUGGUUUUUUAAAACUUCAUUAAAAAUGAAUCAAAUAAAAACAUUGCUUGAUACUUAUAUUGAAUCUCAAAAACCAAUUAUGAGUGAUGGAACUGUCAUCAAACGUUAUAUAUCAAGAUUUCCAUUAUUUAUUCUUCAUGAGCAUGUUGUAAGGAACAAACAAAUAGGUAAAGGAAAUUUUGGAGAAGUAUUUUCAGGAACUUUUAAAACUGUUAAUGGAGAAAAUCGAAUUUGUGCGAUUAAAACACUAAAAACAGGAGGAAUCACAAAAAUACAUAGAGCACUUUUUUUUAAAGAAGCUAAAAUUAUGAAAACAUUUGAUCAUCCAAAUUGUAUAAAUCUUUAUGGUAUUGCAGCAAUGAAUGAACCCGUUAUGAUAAUAAUGGAAUUUGCUGAAAAUGGAGGAAUGCUUGAAUGGUUGAAGGAAAAUAAAAAUUGUGAAACAAAAAUUCUUUAUAAAUUUUCCUAUAAUAUUGCAUGUGGUUUGGAGUACCUACAUUCUAAAAACAUAAUUCAUCGAGAUAUAGCAGCAAGAAAUUGCUUACUAGGAAAACAUAAUGUGGCUAAAAUUAGUGAUUUUGGAUUAUCAGUUAUUAAUGAAAGUAAGGUAAAACUUAAUAAAAAAAUGAAUAUUCCACUUAGACAUAUUCCUCCUGAAGCAAUACGUCAAGAAGAAUAUACAAAAGAAUCUGAUGUAUGGGCAUAUGGGGUUACAGUGUGGGAAAUAAUGAAUCGUUGUUCAGUUUUACCAUAUAAUGGUUUAACAUUCCCCCAAAUAAUGAAAGCGAUAUUGUCUGGGACACGCCAUUUGGAAGUAAAUGAUGAAUCACCAGCAAUUGUUAAAAGUAUAUUUGUAAAGUGUCUUGAACAAAAACCUUGCGAUCGUAUAACUUUCGGGGAAAUUGUUCAAUCAAUGAAAAACGAUUUUAAUUCUGAUUAA